CAAUAGGCUGAGCUCCCAGCGCUCCCCGCACCUUCCCAAUGUCAGCCUUAAGCGCCCGGGAAGCUUUGGUAUCGUCCACUCCGCCAGCCCUGCUCAGCGCUCCUUUCUGAUCAGGUAUCCCUACGCCUGUUGGACUGAUCCAUUCCUGCUGCUCCCCCCCUCCCCAGCUGGAUACAAACCAUGUCAGGCAAACACCAGCAUUUUAAAGGUCCCGAAGUAAGCUGCUGUGUGAAGUAUUUCUUGUUUGGAUUCAACAUAGUGUUUUGGUUGCUUGGAGCUGCUUUUCUAGCUAUUGGCUUAUGGGCAUGGGCAGAAAAGGGCGUCUUGUCCAACAUUUCGUCCAUCACAGACCUUGGUGGGUUUGACCCUGUCUGGCUCUUCAUAGUCACUGGAGCUGUCAUGUUUGUGCUGGGCUUUGCUGGCUGCAUUGGAGCCUUGAGAGAAAACACGACACUUCUAAAAUUUUUCUCAGUCUUCCUGGGGUUGAUCUUCUUCCUGGAGCUGACUGCAGGGAUCUUGGCCUUUGUUUUCAAAGACUGGAUCAAAGAUCAGCUUAAUUUUUUUAUCAACAACAACGUGAAGGCGUAUCGUGAUGAUAUUGACCUCCAGAACCUCAUUGAUUUUGCUCAGGAAUAUUGGUCCUGCUGUGGUGCACAUGGACCAAAUGACUGGAACCUCAACAUCUACUUUAACUGUACAGACUCCAACCCAAGCAGGGAGCGCUGCGGAGUGCCGUUCUCCUGCUGUGUGAAGGACCCUGCGGAAGAUGUUCCUAACACACAGUGUGGAUAUGAUGUGCGGCUGAAACUGGAACUGGAGCAGCAGAGCUACAUCUAUACCAAGGGAUGUGUGGGCCAGUUUGAGAAGUGGCUGCAAGAUAACCUAAUCGUAGUGGCCGGAGUAUUUGUCGCAAUUGCUUUAUUACAGAUUUUUGGCAUUUGUUUGGCUCAGAAUUUAGUUAGCGACAUCAAAGCUGUGAAAGCAAACUGGUGACCCAUUGCCGUCCUCGUCGGAACUCUCUCUUAACACUGGAGCCUGCCUUUUUUUUGCACUGCCCUUAAACAUCACACAGACUCGCAAGCAUGAACUUCUGGGGGAUAAUGCUCCUUGAUAGUAUUUGGUGGAGAGCCAUUUAGUGGCUAAUUCUGUUUUAUUAUGGGUUUUACACAUAACAGGGGACAUGAUGUUGUUUGUGCCACAAUCCACACAUCUAGCCCGAGCUUCCUUCCCUCCCUGGACCUGGAGGGGCUGGCACUGGAAGCCAUGGUGUAUUUAAGUGCAUGUGCGAUGUCAGAAGGCGGUGUGACUGUGAUUUAUAUUUAUAUAUAUAAAUAUCUAUAUUGUAAAAAUGUAAAGACUCUAAGGGCCACGCCAGCCCUCCUUUUAUUGGAGAGGCCCCAGGCUUUGUAUGUGGAAGGGGCUUUAAAUGUCUGAAUGAUCCCUGUCCUUUGGUGCUCUAUGGGGGUUCAGGCUGUCAGCCAAAAAAACUCCCAAUGUUGUCUGACACUGGAGGCAUUGUAGAUUUUUGAUUUUGUAUUAACCUGUUUAGUCUCCAGAGCUGCCCAUGUGACUUUUAUUGUCAAUGCUACUUUCUUCCUUAAUUUUGUUUCAUUUGUUUUUUUUUUGUUACCUUUCAAUGCUUUGUUGUUUGUGCCAGUUACGGCUAUAGCAGUAGUUGAGUACUUUAAUUGCUCUCAUCUUUAAGAAAGACCAAGAGCACAGGGUGAUGCACCAGAGAUUUCAUUUGUAGGGAACAUGGUAGGCCUCUGUCUGCCACAAUUAUCAGUGCUGCCCUCAACAGGAAAAAGCUCUUUUUAUACCAAAGCAGCAAUUGUGACAACAUAGAAUCUGCAAAUUACAAUUAGCUUCCCUGCUCAUUGUGUCUUUAAUUUGUGGAAGCCAUUUUUUAAACCUGUUAAAACUCCAGCUUUAAUACCUGCUUGGGAUUCAGCUUAUAGCCAUCGACAAUGUCAGGAUGAACUUCUUCCCUAAAAUAAGGAGUGCUCCAGCCAUCAUGCUCCUUUUAGCUGAGAGAUGCAAAGGUUUCACCUACGUUUUAAUAAAUUGUUCAGCUUGAA